GCCGGUUCCGGUUCCGGUGCGGGCGGCAGCCGCAGCAAUGGGAGGUCGCAACAAGAAGCAGCGGGCCGGCAGCGCGGCCCAUACCGCCUCAGCUGCCACCGCUGCUGCCCGGGCCCGGGCCGAGGCCGGCGCUGCCGCAGCGGAGGGGAGCACCCGAGCGGCACCGCCGCGGCCUGCGCCCGCCUCUAAGGAGCCGCGUGUCAAACAAGGUCCAAAAACUUACAGUUUCAGUUCAACAUCAGAUUCCAGUGCUGCUGCAAAUCUAGAUAAAUCUGUUCUUAAGGUAAUGAUAAAUGGUAAUUUGGAGAAAAGGAUUAUCGAUGUAAUCAAUGAACAUAAAAAACAAAAUGAUGACAAAGGAAUGAUUUCCAAAAGACUCACUGCUAAGAAGUUACAGGAUGUAUACAUGGCUUUACAAAGGUUCUCUUUUAAGACUGAGCACAUUGAAGAAGCAAUGAAAAAUACACUUUUGUAUGGUGGUGAUCUUCACUCUGCACUUGACUGGCUUUGUUUAAACCUUCCUGAUGAUGCCUUACCUGAAGGUUUUAGUCAGCAGUUUGAAGAACAGCAACAGAAACCUAGAGCGAAAUUUUGUUCUCCUGUGAAACGUGAACAUCCACUGCACUUAGUAGAUAACAAAAAGAAAGAAAAUGGCCCUGCGAAGAAGGAGACAAAUGCAGGGAAAGAGAAAGAAGUGAGUAUGAAGGAAUGGAUUUUGCAAUAUGCAGAACAACAAAGUGAUGAGGAGAAGAAUGAGUCUGUGAAAGAGACAGAUGAAGAAAAGUUUGACCCGAAUGAGAGGUAUGUACUUCUGGCUGCCAAGCUUUCAGAAGCAAAAGAGCAAGCAAGCGUCUGCAAGCAAGACAAAGACAAGCAAGGCCAGAAGGUAGCACAGGAGAAAAUAAGAAGAAUUCAGCAAGAAAUGUCUGAACUUGAAGAACAUCCAGUAUUUAAUCCAGCUGUAAAGAUUUCAAACCAACAACAAAGUGAAAAGAAAAAAACUCCCUCACCUCAGCCUCAAGAAACCACUUUGAAUUUGAACUUGCUUGAAAAACCUGAUGGUGCUGCAAAGGAAGAAAAAGUAAAAAAGAAAGAACCUCUAGAUAUAAGAAAUUUUGAUUAUAGUGCUCGAAGCUGGACUGGUAAAUCUCCAAAACAAUUUUUGAUUGACUGGUGCAGGAAGAAUUUUCCCAAGAGCCCAAAUCCUGCUUUUGAAAAAGUUCCAGUUGGAAAAUAUUGGAAAUGUAGGGUCAGGAUUACCAAAUCAUCAGAUGAUGUAAUGGCAAUGUGUCCUACAAUCGUAACAGAAGAUAGUAUGCAAGCACAACAUCUAGCUGCUACUUUGGCACUCUACCAUUUAACCAAAGGGCAAUCAGUUUAUCAGUUACUGCCUCCUACCUACCGGGAUGUCUGGUUAGAAUGGAGUGAUAUUGAAAAGAAAAAGGAAGAAGAAAACAAGAUGGAAACCAACAAACCUCGUGAUAACUUCAUUGCUAAAUUAUUAAACAAACUCAAACAACAACAACAGCUACAAUCUGAAAACCAACCGAAAGUAUCCGAGGGUCCUGAAGAUUCCUGGGAAAACCUAGUUUCUGAUGAGGACUUCAGUAGUCUCUCCCUUGAGACCUCAGACACGGAUGAUUUGGAACCUUCCAGGAUUUUGUUCAAAAAGCUGCAAAGUUCCUCCAGAUACCAGAAGCUUCUGAAAGACAGACAGGAGUUACCUGUGUUUAAGCACAGAUACUCAAUUGUAGAAACUCUUAAAAAACAUCGAGUAGUUGUUGUGGCUGGUGAAACGGGCAGUGGGAAGAGUACCCAGGUGCCUCAUUUCUUGUUAGAAGACUUGUUGCUAGAUGAAGGAUCAAAGAAAUGUAAUAUUGUUUGCACACAGCCACGAAGAAUCUCAGCAGUGAGUCUGGCAACCAGAGUUUGUGAAGAGCUAGGCUGCGAAUCGGGACCAGGAGGAAAAAAUUCCUUGUGUGGAUAUCAAAUUCGUAUGGAAUCAAGAACAGGAGAAGCCACCAGAUUACUGUACUGUACAACAGGUGUCUUGCUUCGGAAACUUCAAGAAGAUGGUCUUCUUUCAAGUAUAUCUCAUGUCAUUGUCGAUGAGGUACAUGAAAGAAGUGUCCAGUCUGAUUUCUUGCUGGUUAUUCUGAAGGAAAUUUUGCAUAAGCGUUCAGACCUGCAUCUGAUUUUAAUGAGUGCUACUGUAGACAGUGAGAAGUUUUCCAGCUAUUUCUCACACUGUCCCAUUUUAAGGAUCUCGGGGAGGAGUUACCCUGUUGAGAUUUUCCAUGUUGAAGAUGUGAUUGAGGCAACUGGCUAUGUUCUGGAGAAAGACUCAGAAUAUUGUCAGAAGUUCUUGGAGGAAGAAGAGGAAGUGACGAUAAAUGUUACUAGCAAAGGAGGCGGGUCUACCAAGUAUCAGGAGUAUGUACCAACCCCGUCUGGAUCUGGUAUCGAUUUGGCUCCUUACUAUGCGAAGUAUAGCAGUCGUACACAGCAGGCUAUCUUGUAUAUGAACCCUUACAAGAUCAACCUCGAACUUAUUUUGGAGUUGCUUGCAUACUUAGAUAGAAGCCCACAGUUCAAGAACGUUGAGGGUGCUGUGCUGAUCUUUUUACCAGGCCUUGCCCAUAUCCAGCAGCUGUAUGAUCUCAUUUCAACUGACAGAAGAUUUAACUUGCGCGACAGGCACAGAUUGAUAGCUUUGCAUUCUGUCCUUUCAACUCAAGAUCAAGCAGCUGCAUUUACAAUACCUCCUCUUGGUGUUAGAAAGAUUGUUUUGGCAACCAAUAUAGCAGAGACAGGUAUUACAAUACCAGAUGUUGUCUUUGUAAUUGAUACUGGGAGAACAAAAGAAAAUAGGUAUCAUGAAAGUAGUCAGAUGAGUUCCCUGGAGGAGACCUUCGUUAGUAAAGCCAGUGCUCUGCAGAGACAAGGAAGAGCUGGGCGUGUAAGGGAUGGGUUUUGCUUCCGAAUGUACACAAGAAGCAGGUUUGAAAGUUUCAUGGAAUAUUCUGUUCCAGAAAUACUGCGUGUGCCUUUGGAGGAAUUAUGCCUUCAUAUUAUGAAAUGCAAUCUUGGCUCUCCUGAAGAUUUCCUUUCUAGAGCACUAGACCCACCACAGCAGCAAGUAAUUGGUAAUGCAAUGAACCUCUUGAGGAAGAUUGGGGCUUGUCUGUUAAGUGAGCCUAAGCUGACUCCAUUGGGCCAACACCUUGCAGCCCUUCCUGUCAAUGUAAAGAUUGGCAAAAUGCUUAUAUUUGGUGCUAUAUUUGGCUGCUUGGAUCCUGUGGCAACUCUGGCUGCUGUUAUGACAGAGAAAUCCCCAUUUACUACUCCAAUUGGUCGAAAAGAUGAAGCAGAUCUUGCAAAGUCAUCUCUAGCAAUGGCAGUUUCAGAUCAUAUAACAAUCUACAAUGCUUACCUGGGCUGGAAGAAGGCUCGACAAGAAGGCGGGUAUCGUGCUGAAAUGACAUAUUGCAGAAGAAAUUUCCUUAACAGGACUUCACUUUUAACUCUGGAGGAUGUGAAACAAGAACUUAUAAGGGUGGUCAGAGCAGCGGGGUUCACAGCAACUACAACGCAAUGUGGAUUGGAUGGAAAUGGAGCCACACGAUCCCUUUCUCUCCAUGACAUAGCUCUUCUCAAAGCUGUGUUGACUGCAGGGCUGUACGACAACGUAGGAAAAAUAAUAUAUACAAAGUCUGUAGAUAUCACAGAGAAACUGGCUUGCAUGGUAGAAACUGCUCAGGGUAAGGCACAGGUGCAUCCCUCCUCUGUAAAUCGAGACUUACAGACAUAUGGAUGGCUGCUUUAUCAGGAGAAGGUGAGGUACACUAAAGUGUAUUUGAGAGAGACUACUUUAAUAUCCCCCUUUCCUAUUUUGCUUUUUGGUGGGGAUAUAGAAGUCCAGCAUCGGGAGCGUCUUCUGACAGUUGACAGCUGGAUCCAUUUUCAGGCUCCCGUAAAGAUAGCAGUAAUUUUCAAACAGCUGAGAGUUCUCAUAGAGUCUGUUUUGAAGAAGAAGCUUGAAAAUCCUAAAAUGUCACUUGAAGAUGACAAGGUCUUACACAUCAUCAAAGAACUGAUAAAAACAGAGAAUAGCAACUGAAAUCAGAAAUCAGUAACAAAACAGAGCCUCAGUAAUGGCAGGGGAUAUAUGCACUCCAACAUUAACAUGUUGAAAGUGUUUUAAUAGUUAGUAUUGAUACUAGCCAUGAUUUGGAAAAGCUGCAUGAAUUUGCAUAAAAUUUAUUGUUCUCAGUAUAAUUUUUAAAGAUGAACAUUGAAUGUGUUUAGCCUUUACAAUACUUUUGGUGCCAUUUGUCCGACUGUACAAAUGAUGGAUGGAAGCAGUCUCUUUUCAAUAUAAAAUUGGCUGUGGCCAAUUCAUUUUUUUCAUUUAAUAUACUAAUCAUGCUCUCACUGGUGGUGGAGAUUGAGAUCGCUGACCCAAUCUUUAAUCAUUUAAAGUUGAGUAGGAUUUCAUUAGAUGUGUGCAAACAGAAGACAAACAUUUCUUAUGUGGGUUUCCUAAGUGGCAUUUCUUUUUAUCUAUAAAUUUGCAGUAUUAAAGCAAUACAUCCUAUAGAUGUCUUUAUUUUUCUGUAUGGUUUACAUUGAGAAGAUGCUUUAUAAGAAGAUAGCAUGGAUUGCAACGAACAGGUGUUCAGCUAGGCAAGUGUACUGACCAGCAACUCCUCCCCAACCUCUGCCUCUUCUCACACCGUUUCUUCCCUGCUUACCAUGAGUUUUGUCCCUCCCUGCUGCUGUAAUACUUUUGCUGUCCCUUCCAUAUGUUGUUUUCUGCACAGUCCUGCAAAAGCCCCCUCAAAUAACAGUCAUGAUCAUGUUUUUUUCCCUUUAUUGAUCAUAGUUCAGUGUGACCCUCUUCAAGGCUCUACCAGAGCAGUUCUUUUAAUGGCUCAUCAGUCUGUGGCUGAAGCCUUCUGGUCUUUGUUAUUCUCUUAUAACUGGCUCCUUCAUGUCUGUGUCUCUGUGUCUCUGUGUGUUUCUUUUUCUUACUUCUUUUAUGCUGAAUAUUCCUUAACCAGAUAACUUAAUGAAACAGGUGCUCUUACAUUCUACUUACCCACACCAUUUACAAUUAUGAAGUGAAAUUUUAGGACACCAAUUAACUGACUUUUCAAGAAUGAGGGUUAGAGUUUGCCAUUAAAUGCAGUCAAGUAGGAACUCUGUAUAUGCAGGGAGAAGAUGUACUUUUAAGAUCAAAAACUUAUGGUUUUUUUACAGCAGAGAUUAAUAGUGUACAGAAGGGGGCACUGAGGGAAAUGUAAAAUAUAUGGACCUAUCCAGUUAAAUUAUCAUAGCGGCAGAACUGGUAUAGCUGAACGAGGAGAAAUGGAAGUAAUCCAGCCUGUGCAUGUUACCCUACAUUCAAUUCUGGAAAUUUGCUCAGGACCCUGAGGGAAAAAUGAUCACAUCUGUUAUCCUUGUAUGGAUUGUGAUAAACUGCUGGUAAUCCUUCUUCACUAGAAGAGCAAGGAAGUGUUUUGGUUUUUUUAAAUUCCAAAGUAUACACUAUUUACACAAGGAAGCCCUUAAAGAGUUACAUUUUGAUCUUCAGACCUCAGUUUUGCACUCUAUUCCUAGACACAAUCAUCUUUCAUGUCAGAGAUAUAGGAAUAAAAACAUGUGAACUACAUUCCUUGAAGAUAAAAAUUAAAUCUGCAUGUUGAACAACUGUGUAGAUUUUCUUCUAAUUGAGGUCUUUUAUUUGUGUCCUUUGCAAACAUGAAUUAGAAAUAUAUUUGAGUAUUUCAACAACUAAGAAGCUGUUCUUUCUUUUGGAUUUGAAUUUCCUGUAUCAGUUACUGGUUUUAUAUGGCUAAAUCCAGGUGAAAGUGUUAAUUGUCCUUGAGUCCUCCCUUAUUUAACUGGGGAAUAGGGAGGUUUUGUUCUGUUUAUAUCUUGAUAUUUGGAGGCAUUCUUUGUGUUCCUCCAGCAUGCCUUGCUUUGUAAUCUUUUAAAGAAAUAGCUUCUUUCAGUUAUUAUUAAGGGGAUAUAUUGUAAUAACUAAGAAAUUGCACAUGCUCCUGAGUGAGUAAUGGUUUUCUGCAAAGCAGGUGAAACAGGUAGCACUGUGGUGUACAGAUAAGCACAGUUAUCGUAAACAAAAAAAAGCGAAGACUACAGUGGCUUUCUGCUUCUGCCGUGUAUAUGAGCAACGUCUGUGCCUGUGCUUUUUUUUCUUGGUGUGGAUGAACUUUCUCUUUUGCUCCAUUUAUUUAAUAAAUAUCUCUGUUAAAACCUUUGUGUUACUUUUCUCACAGCAUUUGGCAGACACAACACUGUGAUCAGUAGAUCUUUCUUGCCACACUCACAACACGGCUCUUUAGGGUCUACAUGGUUAUAAAGGCUGCAUGUCCUCCUGUUCCUUGUCCUCUCCUUAGAGAGGAUUGCCUGUUUGUGCCACACGAGCUGCAGUAUCUCUUUUGCUGCUGGGGUUGUAGACUGCUUGAAUCGCAGCAUUGCUAGCUUGGAAAAGACCUCCGGGAUCAUUGAGUCCAACCAUUCCCCUGAAGUUCCUUUCCUUUUUGUGUUGAUGUCUUCCUAUUGCUUCAUGGAGGAGAGGUUUUCCUUUUUCCUUCUGCAAUUCUUUCUUCAUUUAUAGCAGACCUGACCAGCGGAUCAUUUAACCAAAUCAUAUC